AUGGCUGGCCACGACUUGACCGGAGUCCACAACGAGGGCUUCUCCUCAACGCACCAGAGGGGCCAGGCGCUGUCCACUGGCCACCACCACUUUGAGCCGUGGACUUCUAGCCUACGCAAAUACCUCAGGGCGAACGACUUGCUGUACCAGCUAGUGCUCGACAGGAUUCUCCCCGGGAUGUUGACGACCGAGCAGGGAAGACUCAUCACGCCCUAUAUUUUCGAUGCUUUCUUCCUGGCAAUCAUUGGGGCGCGUAAGCGCUCCCUCGACUUCGCGGCCGAGAACUUGGGACCGCAAGACCCUGCCAGCCACUUACUUCUGGCCCAAGCUUGCAACAAUUCCUUGGUGGCAGCGUUGUUCUGGGACAUGACCAGCGUCUCGGUGCAGUUCAAGUCCGAGGGCUACGAAUACGAAGAGAUGAUUGCAAUGGCGUUGGAGCAGCAAGAGCAGCAAGAGCAGCAAGAGCAGCAAGAGCAGCAAGAGCAGCAAGAGCAGCAAGAGCAGCAAAAGCAGCAAGAGCAGCAAGAGCAGCAAGAGCAGCAAGAGCAGGAGGAGGUGGACGAAGAGGAGGAGGAUGGGUAA